UUACUUUUAUAUUGUUUAUAGGUCAUUUGAUAAUAAUAAUCAUAUUUCAAUUUAAUCAUAACCAAUGACUUAUUAUACCUAAUAGAUCAGAUAAGCCAUGAAUAUGAAAAACUUUUGGCCAUUUUAUUGGCCAUUUACCAGUGAUUUAUUAACAUAACUGCAGCCUUUAUAGCUUAUUAGAACGUGAGAAAAGAAUUCAUUAAUUUAUACUAUUGAAGACUUAAAACCUAUAAAGGAGGUCUUACGAGAGAAUGGUUCCAGGGAGGGAGGUAUAAACGUAUAGUCAAUUAAAUUGCACUGUCUCAGUUGUUCUACAAAUAAAGUUUUUUCAAACCACGUGACCAAGUCUGUCAUGGCUGCGCCCUCGUGUCAUGCGUGGUUGUCAUCAGUUGUAAUCAUAUUUUGAUGUUUCGGGGAAGCACAGAGUCAGGGAAAAUGAAGACAAAGAAGAUGAACCCGAAGAACAGUCGUCUGUCCUCUGGGCUACAGAAACAGAAACGAAGCAUCCGCGUAAAAGGCAAAUGGAAAGCUGUAGAGCUCGAUCCCAGCCUCUUCUCCGAGGAGGGAAUGGAGGGUCUUGUGUGUUUUGAAGAGCUGACAAAUUAUCGUCUGAUAGACUCUGAAAAGGCUGCGGCCAAAGCAGCAAAGGAACUGAAAAGGGAGAAGGAAAAGAAGAGGAAGGCAAAGAAAAGAAAAGCCAGCGAGGAAAAGGAAGGUGGAGGGGAUCCUGCUGUGGAGAGCAAAGAGGGAGAAGAAGCAGAUGGACCAGCCAAGAAAAAAGCCAAAAAGAAGAAGAAAAAUAAGAAAAAGUCUGCAAAGGAAUCAGUCCAACAAGACAACAUUUCUACAGAAGCUGCUGACAAAGAGGGAGGAGAAGAUGAAGCAGCUACAGAAGACACUUUGAAAGACUCAGAUAUCGGCUCUGAUCAUAAUGUCCAAUCAGAAAAGACAAAGAAGAGCAACAAAAAGAAGAAAAUGAAACUGAAACAGCAGAUAGAAAAGGAUACAGAGAAACUGCCAGAUCAGCCUUCAUCAGAACCUCAGGCUUUGGAAAAAGAAAAAUCUUCUCAAGACAAAGCUACAAAGCCUCCAAAAAAGCAAGCAAAGAACUGGACAAAUGCAGCACUCUCUGGCUCCAGUGAGAGAAAUACUGAUGUGAGUGCAUGGAAGGACCUGUUUGUUCCCUUCGCUGUGCUAAAGGCGCUGAGCAGCCUCGGAUUCAGUUCACCCACACCGAUUCAAGCCCUGGCAUUACCUCCAGCUAUCAGGGACCGUAUGGAUAUACUGGGGGCGGCUGAGACAGGAAGUGGUAAGACGCUGGCUUUCGGCAUUCCCAUGAUACACACCAUCCUGGAGUGGAAAAAAGGCUCAGAUAAACCUGUCAGUGACAACUGUGAACUAACCACAGAGGUGGAGAGUUUGUAUUUGCCAACUGUUAGGUCAGAAAAGGGGUCUGAAUCCAUAACAGAGGAGGACCAGGAGGACAAUGUGGAGGCUGAAGACGAAGAGGGUCAGGAUCGAGGUGACUCAGAUGAAGAUGCCAGUGAGGAUGAUGAGGGUGAGGAUGAAAGGCUCGGAUGCGUCCAAGUGAUCGAAAACGCAGAGUUUGACUUUGGCCCAGCUGCUGAAGCUGAAGAAGAAUCUGCUGGAGGUCAGAAUCAGCCUCUGCUUGGACUGGUUCUCACCCCCACCAGGGAGCUGGCUGUUCAGGUCAAACAUCACAUUGAUGCUGUCGCAAAAUUCACAGAUAUCAAAACAGCCAUAGUGGUGGGUGGAAUGGCACAACAGAAACAGAGGAGGAUGCUGAAGCGCAGGCCACAGAUCAUUAUUGCUACUCCAGGACGUCUGUGGGACUUAAUCAAGGAAAGGCAUCCACAUCUGCUGAACCUCAGACAGCUCAGGUGCCUGGUCAUUGAUGAAGCAGAUCGCAUGGUAGAAAGAGGCCACUUUGCAGAGCUGGAGAGUCUGCUGGAGAUGCUCAACACUGUGCACUUUAAUCCCACGAGGCAAACAUUUGUGUUUUCUGCCACGCUGACCAUGGCUCACAGCCUGCCCACACGGCUCCUGCAGAAAAAGAAGAAGAACCUGGACCAGAGGAACAAGCUGGAAAUUCUCAUGGAGAAAGUGGGAAUCAAGUCCAAACCCAAAAUCAUCGACCUCACCAGGAAAGAGGCGACAGUGGAGACGCUGACCGAGACACGGAUCCACUGUCAGAAAGAGGAGAAGGACUUUUACCUUUAUUACUUCUUGCUCCAAUAUCCCGGACGCACCAUGGUGUUUGCCAACAGCAUAGACUGUAUCAAGAGACUCAACUCCCUGCUGGUUAUCCUGGACUGCACCCCACUGCCUCUACACGCCAACAUGCACCAGAAACAACGCCUCAAAAACCUGGAGAGGUUUGCUGAGAGGGAGAGUUGUGUUCUGCUGACUACUGAUGUAGCUGCAAGAGGCCUGGAUAUCCCCAAUGUCCAGCAUGUUAUUCACUACCAGGUUCCUCGGACAUCUGAGACUUACGUCCAUCGGAGUGGCAGAACAGCAAGAGCAACUAAAGAGGGUCUCAGUUUGCUGCUAAUAGGCCCAGACGACAUGAUGAACUUCAGAAAGAUUUACAAGACUCUUGGAAAGGACGAGGAGCUUCCGAUGUUCCCCAUAGAGACCAAAUGCAUGGAAGCAAUCAAGGAACGAGUAAACCUGGCCAGGAAGAUAGAGAAGAUUGAGUUCCACAACAGCAGAGAGAAGCAGCAUAACUCCUGGCUCAAGCAGGCAGCAGAGGCCCUGGAGGUGGACCUGGAUGACGAUCUUUUACUUGGCAGAACAAGGGAUGAGGAUACUGACAGAGAGCAGCAGAAGAUGGUAAAGGGGAUGAAGAAGCAUUUGAAGCAUUUGAUCUCCCAGCCUGUGUUUAAGAAUGUGAUAAAGACCAAGUACCCCACUCAAAUGGGAAAGCUCUCCCUGUCUCACAUGCCUCGUGUGGGGAUGGAAAGUGCUUUAACCAGGGUUUCAAUAGAGAAGAAGAAACAGAAGUCAAAGAAAAGUGUCCCACCACAGAAGAAGAAACAGAAGCAGAAGAAGGAAAAAAAGCAAUAGUGACAUGUUAAUGGAAAUGUGUAUUUAAAAAUCCAUCUCAGACAGGAUUUAUGUACUUGUUAAUUGCAUAAAUGCUAUUUUUAACAUCAGUUCAGUUCAUUCAAAUACUUAUUGCACAAUGUGCAGUAAUUGUAUUCACAGAUGUUGUUCAAUUUCUGUACACUGCAAGAUUUUAUAAAAAUCUGUUUUGUCUUAAA